UCUUUGAAUCAGCCUAUUGCACGGCGGAGCCAUAUACAACUGUGUGGGUCUAUAAAACUGGUCCCAUCAGAGAACGAACACGUGAUCCAAACUAUUGACUUGUUUGUGAUUUCAUUCAAAGUGUAUUUUGUUUUUUUGACUGAUUUGCUUUGAUCCUGCGAAUCGCAACAACAAUUGCUUUGAUCUUGGUUCUUUUUGUUAGGAAAGAUCGAAACUUGUUAUUCUGAAUUGAAAGCUUGACUUGGAGAGAAAGAUCUGUCUGAGCUUGCAAGAAUUGGAUUAUUUCUGGAGAAUUGAUCUGCCAUUAUCUUACGAUCUGUGAUUUGAUUCGUGUUAUUUUCUGAUCUUACUGAUAUUGAUUAUUGUUGAUAUUGUUUCACCACUAUUCAUAAUACUGAAUUGAAUUUCAAUUUAAAAUAACUUUCAUUAUUAGUCUGUUAUUCAUCUCACUCACUAUCUUCUCAUAUUCAAUUACUGAAUUCCUAUUUAUCGUUCGUUCUAUAUUGAUAUCCACAUAUUCUAUUCCAUCAUGUCCAAAAGCGAAGAAGUCUUGUCUGAUAUCCGCGGCAAGAUCGAGCGUGAGAGAAACCUCAUUCUGGGCUUUCAAGCCCUCAAAAAAAACACAACCAACGCUGAAGUGAUCCAAAGAUGUAACACCCAGAUUAGGGAGACCCAGUCUAACAUCAACUAUCUUGAAGAGACUUUGGCCAAACUCACUUUGCAAAAAGAGUACGGCGGAUCACCUGACAAGAACGGCGGGCUCCCACUUCCUGAGAACAAGCCGAUUUACUCCAGAUUCGACUUGAUCAAAUACGACUGUCCGUCGUUGGGUCACAAGAUCCAGCAUAUGCUUCAACAGUUGCAGUUCAAGCUCCAGGUGGAAAAUCAGUACCGUGAGGCUAACCAGAAGAUUUCACACUUGUAUUUGAUGGACGGUGACAAGUCGUCCAGUAAUGCUGCUGAAGGUGGAAAAGUGGAAAGCGACCAGAGGAUCCUGUUGUUGAACAAAGCUUUGAAGAAGUACCAGAACAUGCAUAUCGAUGUGGAAGACAUUACACGUGACUUCGAGAUUGUUAGCACACCCAAACAUGCCAGAAAGCCACUCUCAGGGAAGUUGACGGUAGGAAUCACGUGUAUUCGAGACGUAGACCAUAUUGCUUCGCCAAUGUUCUCCAAGAAACCGGAAUCCAUAAUUGUUAUCAAAGUUGACGACGUUGAAAAAGCCCGGACAAAGGCUUCUAGAUCCGACAAAUGGAACGAAGAGUUCACCAUUGAUGUCGAUAAGGGAAACGAGCUAGAAUUUUCGGUGUUUGACAAGUCUGGUAGCAGCUUGGUCCCUGUGGCUGUGAACUGGGCUUUGCUCACUGACAUCACCGAAGAAAUUCGUAAAAAGAAGGUAGCAAAUGAGUUGGGCUCAAGUGGCUGGCUCUCAGCUUCAAAUUUGUCUCAGACAAAUACCAAUUUCACUCUCCCGGGACGCGCAGCAGAUGCUUCUGGAGCCAGUUUCAAUUCUACCGCACCCUUUCAAUCUAAUAGCGCAAAUGGGACUCCUUCGGGAUCGUCUACAAUAGUUGCUACUGAUGAAACAGCCAAUGGUCUGAAGAUUCAGAUCAAUACCUGGUUGAGUCUAGAGCCCGUGGGCCAGAUCUUGGUGGUUGUAGGCUUUGAAAAGACCAACAAUCAAGGCAAGCAAUUCAUGGGAGGUCUUGGCCGUCAUGGUGCCAUCCGUCAGAAGAAAGAGGAAGUAUUUGAACAACACGGCCAUCAGUUUGUCCAGAAGCAGUUCUACAACAUCAUGUGCUGUGCUCUUUGUGGGGAAUUUUUGCGUUAUACCGGUUAUCAAUGUCAAGAUUGUAAGUUCCUCUGCCACAAAAAGUGCUACCAAAAGGUGGUUACCAAGUGUAUCUCCAAGUCUAGUACUGAUAUUGACGACGAGACCAAGUUGAACCAUCGUAUCCCUCACAGAUUCGAGCCAGUGGCCAAUCGUGGUACUAAAUGGUGUUGUCACUGUGGCUACAUCUUGCCUUGGGGUCGAAAAAACGUUCGGAAGUGUACUGAAUGUGGAGUUAUGUGUCACGCUCAUUGUACCCACUUGGUUCCCGACUUUUGUGGUAUGUCCAUGGAGAUGGCUAACAAGAUUUUGAUGACUAUCAAGUCUACAAAACCAACAGUCAAGGCUCCAGCUGUACGUGCACGCAAACAAUUUCAACCUGUUCCGGUUGAAAAGCAACAGCCCGCACCAUAUGAUGAUUCGUUUGUAGUACCUUCCAAAUCUUCAACGGAAUCAAGAACAGAAGAAAUCGAACCUUCUGACGAAGAAAUGGACAAGGAAUACGAUUCUAGAUUGCCAACGGAAACGACAAACAAGUUCCAGGAGCCUGUAGAUACACCAUACCACCAACAGGGACACAGAAAAGCGCCACCUUCAAUUGAUUUUGGACAUCAACAACUUGAACAAGCUCAACCAUCAUAUGAUCACCAAAUGGAUGAACACGCUUUCCAACGUCAAGAACAACCGGUUUUGCAAGAUCCCUACGCAAGACCUACACAAUUUAAUGCCAGGGCUUCUGAAGAAGAACCUCUACAAAAUCCAUUUGAAAAUCAGGAGCCAGUUAGUGAUUUCACUAAUUUUGACUAUAAUAAUAAGAACUCACAACAGUAUAUUGCUCCAGAUGACGCUGCAGUUGCUAAACACAAACAUGAGCGUAAAGAUUCAAAAGUGGAACCUCAUAAGCCUUCUCCUCAUAAGUCUAAGCGUCGUCGUAGAAAGGUAGGAUUGGAUGAUUUCCAGUUCUUGGCUGUUUUGGGUAAAGGUAACUUCGGUAAGGUCAUGUUGGCUGAAUCCAGACAUACGCAGUCUUUGUGUGCUAUCAAGGUGCUAAAGAAGGACUUUAUUGUGAAGAACGACGAAGCUGACAGUGUGAAGUCCGAAAAGAGAGUGUUCUUAACAGCCAACAAGGAGAAGCAUCCAUUCUUAUUGAACUUGCAUUGUUGUUUCCAAACGGAAAAUCGUAUCUACUUUGUCAUGGAGUACAUCCCCGGAGGUGACUUGAUGUGGCACAUCCAGAAAUCGAGAUUUUCAGCCAAGAGAGCCAAAUUCUACGCGUGUGAAGUGAUGUUGGGUUUGAAGUAUUUCCACGAUAACGGGAUCGUAUACCGUGACUUGAAGUUGGAUAACAUCUUGUUAACUACCAAGGGCCAUAUCAAGAUCGGUGACUAUGGUUUAUGUAAAGAAAAUAUGUGGCACAAGAGUACUACUGGUACUUUCUGUGGUACACCUGAGUUCAUGGCUCCGGAAAUUAUUGCAGGAAAACCAUACGAUAGAAGUGUAGAUUGGUGGGCAUUUGGAGUGUUGUUAUUCCAAAUGCUUUUGUGUCAAUCUCCAUUCAAAGGUGAUGAUGAAGAUGAAAUCUUCAACGCAAUUGAACAUGAUGACGUAAAGUAUCCAAUCAGCAUGCCACGUCAAACUGUGCUAGUUUUGCAAGCCUUGCUUACCAAGGAUCCAAAUACAAGAUUGGGUAGCAGUGAAAGGGAUGCUGAGGAAAUCAUGGACCAUCCCUAUUUCCAGGAUGUGAACUUCGACGAUGUGUUCCAUUGUAGAAUUCCCGCUCCAUAUUUACCUGAGAUCAACUCCGAACACGACUACUCUAAUUUCGACCAGGAGUUCACUUCUGAGACUCCUCGUCUUACUCCGGUGGAGACAGUGUUAACUAGCGAGAUGCAAGAGCAGUUCAGAGGGUUUUCGCAUGUCUCGGAUAAUGCUUCUAUAUAGUGUUGAGGUUGUAUAAUCUGAUAGCGUCCUAUAUAAUGUUUGGAUUAGUGUUGUACGUGUUUGUGCUUUAAAUGCAUUUCAUGUCUAUUAAAUUCUAUAUUACAAA